CUUCCUCCGCUGUAGCACGUUAAUUUCACUUGCCCCCUCGGCCCUCCUUCCCUGCCUUCCCCUUUCCCCACGCCACCUCCCACCUCCGUUCGCCGCCGCCAGCUGACCAGCUCGCCAGCCGUGCAGGCGAUGGCGACGACGGAGGGGCUCGUGCCUAUCACGCGUGCCUACCUCGCGCGCUACUACGACAAGUACCCGCUGGCCCCGCUGCCCAACGCCGCCACUGACAUCGCCGCCCGGCUCCGCACCCUCUCCGCCGACCUCGCCGCCGUCGCUCCCAUCGCCCCCGAUGAGGAACUCUUGGAACAAGAAGCAGCUGGCAUACCUGCCCACAAAAUUGAUGAGAACUUGUGGAAGAAUAGAGAACAAAUGGAAGAAAUUCUUUUUUUGCUCAAUACAUCCCGUCGUCCCGUUGCACUUCAACAGAAGUCCACUCCAGAAGAUGCUGAGAUAGUUUCUAAACUUGAUGAUAUUGAAGCUAAAUUGAAGGACAUGUUGAAGAAGUUAGAACAAUGUCAGAUAAAAAAUGCUGACAAUGUUUUCAAUACAGUUAUGACAUACAUGCCCCAAGAUUUUCGGGGCACACUAAUCAGGCAACAACGAGAACGCUCAGAAAGGAAUAAGCAAGCGGAGGUAGACGCUGUAGUUAGUGCUGGUGGAAGCAUUCAUGAUCGAUAUGCAUUGUUGUGGAAACAGCAAAUGGAAAGGAGGGUGCAACUAGCACAACUUGGUUCCGCGACAGGUGUAUAUAAGACUCUUGUUAGGUAUUUGGUUGGUGUUCCACAGGUUUUAUUGGAUUUUAUUCGACAAAUAAAUGAUGAUAAUGGGCCUAUGGAAGAGCAAAGAGAACGUUACGGCCCAGCACUAUACACCCUUACAAAACUGGUGCUUGCUAUUCGGUUGUAUCUGCAUGUCUCUUUGGCACGAUAUGAACAAAGGAAAAUAGAGCAGGAUGACAUUGCUGUGCUGCAGCAAGCUGUAAUUAUCUACACCGAGGAGUUUUGGAAGUUCACCGAAUUCAUAGGUGAGGUCUUUGUGAACGCACCAUUCUUUAUAUCCGCUGAGGAUGCCGGUGCCGGGGAUGCAAGGAAAAGUGAUGAGUACGAAGAAACUAUUAUUCCAGCUGGAAAGACACAUGAGGUCAUUUUGAGUGUUGAAGCCGUAAACUCAUACAUUGCAUGGGACUUCUCCUUGCGACAAGGGGCCCUCAACAUGUUAUUGGACAUAGGAUUUCAUGUGGAGUACAUUAGCCCUUCAGGGGAGAAAACUCUAAUUCUUCCCUACCGACGGUAUGAAGCUGACCAAGGCAAUUUUUGCACUAUUUCAGCGGGAUCAUACAAACUUGUAUGGGACAACUCAUAUUCGUCAUUCUUCAAAAAGCCAUGCCUAUUUCACAGCAAAGACUUAUGAUUCAAGCUCCUACACGACAACUCAACUAUCAGGUAAUGUCGUUUCUCGCUGUCCAAACAAGUUAUCCUUUCAAUGGGGUGCUACUAAUUGUGAUGAUUUUCUUGUGAUUAGGAACUUGAAACAUGAACCAGAUUGGAAAAUGGACUACAAUGACAACAAACAAGUGGAAGGAGGCAUGAGGAAAGGAAGGAUCGGACCAAAGAAUUAGAUUGCAAGUUCGGACAGCCAGUUCGGACCUCCAGGAACUGACAACUUCCUCGGGACAUAAUUCUUUUCUCCAAAGGUCAUUUAUGGCUCAUAAGUGCUCGUUGGAAAGAUCUUGAAGUCUACUUUCCGAUGGAUCCAACUUGAUCAUCUGAUUUGCCUGGAGCUAAGAAUAAUCUUCAAAAUGAUGUUCGGACUUCCAAACAUGGGCUAAAUUAUUUGUAUCUCGUCCAGCCCACUAGGGGCCAUUUAAAGUUAGGGUUUCAACCUUAGCAUCCUCCUGGCUGCCUUCCCACCUACUCCCUCCGUCCGAAAAAAGUCACUCUAGGAUUCAAAAAUUGUCCCAAAAAAACAAGUCAUCCUAUCCUAUUUAGAAAGUGCUUGUGUAUGCAAGAAUCAAUUAGUGCCAAAUAUGGCUAGUAAAUAGGGGCAAACAUGGUCAUUUUACUUUCUUGUUAAUUUGUCACAUAAUUCCUAAGAUGACUUUGUUUUGGGACGGAGGGAGUAUAUAAACCAGUAGCAGCCACCAAGAAACACUUGUGUUUUGUUUUGUUGCAAGUUUAUCUUCUGCAACUUUUUGGUGA